AUGGCUGAUACCGCAGACGACUACUCGUAUGACUACGAGUAUCUUUUCAAAAUUGUCUUGAUUGGAGAUUCCAGUGUUGGAAAGACCAACCUCCUUUCGCGAUUCACCAGAGAUGAGUUCAAUCCAGACUCAAGAGCCACUAUCGGAGUUGAAUUUGCAACUAGGACACUCGAGAUAAACGGUAAACGAAUUAAAGCACAAAUAUGGGAUACUGCUGGACAAGAGCGGUACAGAGCAAUUACAGCAGCCUAUUAUAGAGGAGCUGUUGGUGCCUUGGUUGUCUAUGAUAUCUCGAAUUCGGAUUCAUACGAAUCUGUGUCCAGAUGGCUUAAGGAAAUGAAAGAACAUGCAGAUGCAAAUAUUGUCAUUGCCUUAGUUGGAAAUAAAUCUGAUUUGGAACACCUGAGGGCAGUUCCAACAGAAGAGGCAAGAAACUUUGCUGCUGAACAUAAUUUGCUAUUUACUGAGGCUUCUGCCUUAAAUGCCGACAAUGUCGAGUUCACGUUCCACCAGUUAAUCAAGAGUAUAUACGAUAUGGUCUCGAAGAGAAAAUUCGACAUGGAUGAAAAUGGAGUUGCGAACAAGGAUCUCAAUAGCAAGACAAUCACACUCACGCCGGCACCUAAGGAUAAGAAGGUUUCCAAGAACUCGAAUUGCUGCUAA